AUGUCCGAUUCCAGCGGAUCAUCUUUCGUUUUCCUGAGUAACUGGAAAUUAGGUUUGGCCGUCUCCGUCCCGUGUUUCGCGGUGGGCCUGUGCGUUACAUUUUACAAUUAUUUCAAAACGUCUGGUAACACUAGACUUCUCGACAAACCAACCGCGAACGCAAGUAUUGCUAAAGAAGCUAACGUUGAAAACCCGCCAGAAACUAACGGAAUCGAUCAGACAGCCUUCAAAACAAAGGUUGGUAUCCACAAUUUUUUUUUUUUAGAGAAUCUAGAUUAGUUAAACAUAAGUGAAUACAAUUCUCAUAUAAUAUUAUAUUUUAAAAUACACAUUAUACAUUUUUUUUGAUACGGUUUUUUUUUCACAGACACUAGUAGAAAAGGUUGAAGAUUUAAAAAAACUUGGAAAUGCAGAAUUUUUAAAAAGAAAUUAUGAUAUGGCCAUAACAUAUUAUACACAAGCUAUAUUAAUGUGCCCAGAAUCAAAACAAGCAGCGUUGUCCGUUUUGUUUCAAAAUCGAGCUGCCGCUUAUAGUAAAUUGGUAAGUAAAUAAAAUUUAUUACUUUAGUCAAUUUUUUCAUAGCAAAACUAGGUGUCUUUUUUUCAAAUAUUAGGUGUAACAAUGGUAUUAUUUGCUUAUAUUUUAUUUUCAGAAUAAUAAUGAAAAUUGCUUAGCUGAUUGUAACAAUGCCCUGGCAUUAGUACCACGUUAUGUAAAAGCGUUAUCUCGAAGAGCAAGAGUACUUUCAGAAUUAGGCAACUUAAAACUCGCUUUAGAAGAUAUUACAGCUGCGACUAUUUUUGAUGACUAUAAAAAUCAAGAUGACGUAAUAUUUUCGGAUAAUCUGCUCAAAAGUUUAGGUGAGGUUAUUUAUUUUUUUCACUAAUAUAAAAUUUAAAAAUUUUUUUACGAUAAAGACUUGUCCUAAAAAAAAAUUUUAUGAUAACUAUUAAUUUCUUCAAAUAUUUUAAAUUUUAAUUAUACCAUAAGUUAAAAUUGAUUUUCAGGCGAGCAAAAUUUGGAAGAAUACACAAAGCACAAUGCUUUCAAUUUACCAUCAAAAACAUUUAUUAAUCAAUUUUUGAAAUCAUUCUGUGACGAUCCAUUUUCUGACGAAUUUACAAUGGCAUUAUUAAAAUCAGACAUAAAGUAAGCAGUAUUUAAUAUUAAUCAUAAUAUACUUUUAUUAUCAUUAAAAAAUGAAUAAAUAGUUGUUAUAACAUAUGAUAAAUAUAUAAUACAAUGUAUGUAUUAAUUAAUUUAGUACAGGUUUGGAGUAUGCAUUAAAAUGUAUUCAGAAUCAAAAGUUCGAAGAAAUCGAAAAAGCAUGUCAAGAAGAAUUAAAUAAAGCUGAUAAUAGUUUGAUUCGUGAAAGUUUUGCAUUAAACUUAUUAGCUACUUUUUAUUUACUCCGCGGAAAUUAUGCUGCUGGUAUUGAACAUCUUACUACUGUCAUCGAAAAUCCAAAUGUUCCGAACAAGGUAUAAUAAUAAAGUUUAUAUUCGUAUUAGUAAUUAAGAUAAUUAAAAGACAUAUUAUUAUCUAUAUAAAUUAUGUCCGGGUAAUUAUAACACAAUAGACAUAACAACUUGGGUAGAUAACAUGUCACUUAAAGUGUAAAAUUGAUAAAAUACUUAUACUGACUUAUACUUAUUGAGAUGUUUGAUACCUUAUUUUAACAUGAGAAUCCAUGGUAUAUUUACUGAUAAAUAUAGUUCUAUUUAUAAUUAAUAUGCUAUUAUUUGGUUUUCUUAUUCUAUUCAGUUGAUUCAGUUGUUCGGACUGAGCAAUUUGUCUAAGAAAAUAAAUAAAAUUAAAAAUGGUCCUUCAAAAAAAAUAGUUUAAAAUCUGCAUAACUAGUUAAGUAUUAAGUUUUUACUGUUUUUCGUCUAUUCUUGUUUUUUUUUUACUCAUUUGUUUUCUUAAAUAGCAAUUGGAACAUUAUUUAUAAUUUUUUUUUUAUAAUGUAGACAGGGGAAAAUCAUAGGAAGUUUUCAACAUAUUUAGAUUUCCAGUUAAUUUAAAAGUUUGAUUACACAUGGUUAAAUAUUGUUAAUUUUAUUUUAUUUUUUUAUUUUUUGAAAAUUUAAUUGAUUAAGUUAAAUUGUUGAUAGUUGAUCAUAAAUUCCUUAAUAAAACGAGCAUUAAUAUAUCAUCAACAAGAAGAAGUUGACAAAUCUUUUGAGGAUUUCAAUCGUGCUGAAGUUAUUGAUCCCAACAGUUCUGCAGUAUAUCACCACAGAGCUCAAGUAUUAUAUAUAGCAUUAGUAAACAUUUUCAGAAAAUCAUACUAUGGUAACAAAAAUCAUUAAUUAUUUUUAGAUUUAUUUAAGAGGAAUGAACACCAAGAAAGCAGUUAAAGAUCUCAAGAAAUCUCUGGAAUUGAAUUCUAAUUUUGAUUUGUCUAUUAUUUAUUAUUAUUUUGCCCAAUACUGUCAUGCCAAAAGAGUAUCAAAUGCAAAUGUUAAACAUUUCUUGAUACAAUUGGGAGAUUUUGUGAUUAAUUACCCAGAUAUUCCUGAAAGUUUUACACUUUACACCCAGGUAGAAAAAUAUAUUAUAAAAUGGUGGAGUUUUUAAAAUUAAAAAUGUAUAAAUUUAUGAUUAUAAAGGCAUUGUUGGAAAAUGGAGCUUAUAGAGGAGCAGAUUUAGUGCUUAAAAAUGCACUUGAAAUUCAUCCAGACCAAGCCGAUUUCCUAGUACAUAGAGGUAAACUUAUGUUCUUUGAGUGUAAAACUUUCAGUUUUAGGAUAUAUAGCAUAGCACUGCCUGUAAAACAUGGACAGGAAAUUUUAAAUUUGCUGUGGAUAUUAAUGGAAACUCGGGAAAAUAUGAAAAAUAAAAACUGAUAUUUAGUCUAACAAUUUUUUUCACAAAGUACCUACUAAAGAAAAAUUACAUAUACAAUUCAUAAAAUUUAAAUAUCUAUAAAUGACUCAAAAUUCGAAAUGUUUUAUCACUGAUAAAAAAAACAAAUAAGUUUAAUCAAAAAACAAUUUCUGUAUUCACCAACUAGAUUCAUAAAUUCAAAAUACAACAAAAAUAAUUGUAAUGAUGUAUCAAUUUUCAUUAUUGCUCUUUUCAGGUUUUCCCAAUUAUUUUUAAAAUCUCUCGGAAAAUCAAAAUUUAACCUUUCUAAUGAAACCAACUAGAUAAAAUUUCCUUUCAGAAACACUUGAUACAUUAGAGCGAGGUUUGUUUUUGAAAAGUGGUUUACUGACCGAAAAAAACACAUAAUAAAACUAAUAGAUUCCUUGCUACACUUCAAAUCUGAAAUGCUGAAAAAAAUAUUAACAGUACCAAUCACAAUUGAAGAUGUUAUAUAAUUUUAUUAAUUUUAAAAAAAAUUUCUUGCAUUGUUAAUGAUAAAGGAAAUUUACAUAUUAAGGUCUCUAAUUUGUCAUUUUAUACCAUAGACAUUUGUUACUAGAGUUAAGUUACAGGGAUAGAUCCAGUAGAGUAAAUAUGACAAUGCCAAAUAAUCAAUAUUUUAUUAACUACUCAAACUAGUAAGUUUUUACCUAAUAAUUAUUAAAAUAGUUUGACUAAUUAUUAUGUUAUUUACUUUCAUAUACUUGUAUUAUUCAAUUGUAUUGCUAUUAAUAUUUAACUUAAACAAAUUUAUAUUUAUUACUAAAACAAAUAUAAACAACUAUAGCUUAGUCAAGAAAAAAAUUUAAAAAAAUUGUUUUUUAAUAUGGAUAUAAUAUUAUUUAUGUAGUGCUUUAUAGUAAAUAUACUGGAAAAUCAAGGGAUUUUGAAAAUCUAACAUCUGUAACAACCCUGACUGCACAUUUCUAUACAAAAUCAAUUAGCUAAAUAGAAAUAAAUUGUUGUUUUUCAGCAUUGAUCGCAUCAUCAUGGAAAAUAAAUGGUAUAUUUGUUGCAUUUCGUUUCAUUGAACAAGCAUUAAACCUUGAUCCAAAAUGUAAUUUUGCGUAUGAAACACUUGGAGCACUUUACAUGCGAGUGUAAGAUAUUAAAAACAAAUGUAUAUAAUAUUUUUAAAUGAUUAUUUUAUUUCAAUACCAUUCUGUUAAGAUAUUUUUGAAUUUUGAAUUAAAAAUAUUUUAAUAAUGAUAUUACAAUUAAAACAAAACAUUGUAACUAAAUUAUUUGAUUUAUUUUUACUAACCAGAUUUUGAUAAGAAUGGAAAAAAAAGAGUAAAUGUAUAAAUUUCUUCCACAAUGUCUUUUUGUUUUUUUUUUUUUGUUGUUGUUUAAAAAGGCUGGUUUGGGAAAGCGGUUUAAUAUUAAUUAAAUGGUUUUUAUUUAAUAUGUAUGAAUAAUUAUGCUUAAGGUUAUUUUUAUUAGCUUCAUUAAAUAAUUUUUAUAUUUUAUUUGUGCUUGUGUGUUUCAGUGGACAACAAAAGGAUGCUAUUGAUUGUUUGGAAAAAGCUAUACCUCUGCCUAAAUCAAGAAAACAACUGUUAUAUACAUUUUCGCUAAGGAAUUUAGCACAAACCCAAUUAGCAAUAGUUGAACGUUUUAGAAUAAUGAUGCCCAAUGGUUAUACAAUUUCAGAAAAUCAAUGA